ACCUUCCACCUCUUCCCCCGGCUCCCCAUCGAGCUCCGCCUCAUGAUAUGGGAAGCAACCAUUUCUCCGCGCAUUAUUGACGUCCGCGCCAGCACCUACAAUGACGACGACGACGGGGUGACGCCAGCACCACCAAUCCUCCACACCUGCCGCGAAUCCCGCAACGUAGGUCUUCAUAUCCAAGGCGGCUACCAAUUCUCCAACCUGUCCCUGCCCUACUUCGAUGGCAGCCUCUAUGGACGCCCUCGGUAUAUCUGGGUCAAUUUUGAGCUGGAUAUGAUUGACAUCGGCGGCCCGUCAACAUGGCUCUUCAAUGAGUAUCGGCCGAAUAUUAAGCGGCUGAGAAUUGAGCUUCAUCAUCAUAGGGCGGAAAGGGCGGGGUAUGUAUGGAGGAAGCGUGAUGUUCGCCUGUUGGAAACGAAAAUAAGGGAAAAAUUUGGGCAGUUGAGGGAGAUUUGUGUGUGUAUCCCGUGUGAGUAUGCGCACCUGGGGUUGCCGCCAGAUUGGCUACCUGGAGGGAGUGAUGGAGCGUUCAUGGAGGGGUGGAGGAGUAUGGAUUGGGGAAGAAGUUGUAGAGAUGGAGAUGAGGAUACGGAUGGAGAGAGGGGCGAGGAUGGGAAGACCGAUGGGGACAUGUGGGUUUUGGUGUUGAAGAAGAUUAAUGCGAUCGGGAACUUGCGUGAACCAGAAUGA